UUACUAUGAUUAGAAUAAAUUUUUAUCAGUCGUAUAAAUUGAACCGGUAAACACUAGACUUGUAUUACAGCAUCCAAUUUACUAUUUCGCCAACAAUAGUUAUUUAAAUGGUAUGUAUUUUUGUGCGUAACAAACUGUCUGUGUCUAAACAAUGGUAAUCCCAUAUUAUUUUGUGCUAUAAAAUAUUAUGCUUACUGAACUGAAAAACUCAGAUCGGUGAAAUUCUGAAAACUUUAUUUCUAUAGGUAUGACAAAAAACUUUUCCUACUUCAUGGCCAAGUAUUUGAGUACCGUUUUCAAUUCUAUCAUUUCAAAACCCAUCGUCACACCGAAAUGUAUGCACAUGUUAUUGAAAAGUAAAUAUAGCUCGAACGUAGAAGAUUGCUACAAUAACGACGACGAUCAUCAAGAGAGAGAUGACUCUGAACAAAAGCAACAACGGUUGUUAAAAAUUGCCAUUAUAGGUGUACCCAAUGCGGGAAAGAGUUCUCUCAUCAAUUCUAUUGUCCAAAGAAAUGUAUGUACCACUAUACAAACGAUUAAAUACAUAAACAUUAAUGCGAAGCUUGUUAUGUUUUACAUUGAAUUUAUUAAGUCAAACGUGUUUUGCAGAUAUGUCCGUUUUCAUGUAAAGUUCACACUACAAGGUCUAGUGCUCGUGCAGUUGAAAGUAUAGGUGAUACACAAUUAGUGUUUUUGGACACUCCUGGUUUAGUAGAUUCUACAGAAAUCAAAAAGUAAUAACCACAAAUAAUUUAUAAAUAAUCUAUUACAAUAGAUCAUUUACAUAACAAUAUUGUUUUAGGUAUAAUCUAGAAAAAACUUUUGCCAAUGACUCAACGAACGCUAUUGACGAAGCUGAUGUUAUUGGUGUUGUACACGACGUUUCCAAUCGAUAUACAAGAAACUAUUUGGAUCCUAAAGUGCUGAGACUUUUACACCUUUAUUCGACCAAAGAUUCAUUUUUAGUAUUAAAUAAAGUAGGUAUUAAUCUUAACUAUAAAAUUGAACUGCGUUAAUACAUAAUAUUAUAACUAUGUCCUUCAGUAACAAAUUUUAUUAAUUUUAUCAAUUUUAUCUUUAUCGUCUCGUGUUAUCCUGAAAAUGUUGAAUAUAUGUCAUAUGCAUAAAUAAAUAAGUAACAAAUUAUAAUUAUUUGGCUACCUAUCUAGUUAUUUAUUUAGAUAUUUAAUUGUUCUUUAUCAAUUCUUUUAAAAAAAGCUUUAAAUUGUAAACACAAGGGAGGGGGGAUGAAAAUGGCAUUGCAAUCUCAAUACACAUACUUCUUAUUUGAAUAUUAUAUUAAACGUGAAUAUAACAAUAUAAGUACUCAUUACAGUUACAAUUCAAAUUGUAAAAACAAUAUGACAUAUGACAGCGACAAAGAUUAGUGACAGGUGUGUGUAACUUUUUUUUUUAUUUAUUUUUAAACAGCUAGUUUACUAUACCACAGUUGAUUUUAAAAAUUAAUACUUUUUAAUAAAUUUACAGAAUUAUUUACUAAAAUUUUUAUAUUUCAGAUAGAUCUUUUGAAAUCAAAAAAACAACUCUUAGAUUUAGCUCGAUUAUUAACAUGUGAUAAAAAUGGGACUUUCAAUAUUCCUGAUCAAUACAUUAUGACAUCUGAAGAGAAUAUAGAUCACAAGUAUUUAAAAAAUCAAGAAAGAAUGUUGGAAAAAAAAGUAAAACACUCUUGUGGUUGGGAUAAAUUUCAAGAUGUAUUCAUGGUAUCUGCAGCUCUUAAUCAUGGUUCAUCAAAUAUUAAGGUCAGUUUUUUAAAAAAACUUGAAUUACUAAUUACAAUUACUGUUUUUACAAAAUUAUAGUAUACAUCUGUGAUUAGGUUUAUUUUUCUUUUGAUUUUCCACUAUUUUUUUCAAAUUUAUAUUGUUUUUUUAUAAAUUUCUAGUUACUUAUUUACUUAUUUUAUCGUAUCGCCAUAUUAAUUCUGGAGACACAAAUUCAUAUUUGUUUUCUUAUUUUGACUGUGUAUACUAUUUAUUACUUUUAGAUUUGGAGCGUAGUGAAGGAUCUAUUGAUUUUACUGUGUAUUUUCUUUUUUCUGUGAAAGGUAAUUUUCUCUAGUUGGUGAGGUCAUUUUUUUGAUUUUCAAUGAGUUUUUGACAUAAUUAGGAAAACCCCAAAAGAAAAGUAAAGGUAAAACGGCAAAUAAUUACAACUCUUCAUGGUGUUACCGUUUUCAUUUUUUUUAUUAUGUUUACAUGAUGUUUUCUACCAGAAAUAUUGCUCAAAUUCAAAAGUGAAAAGAGAUUGAUUUAUUUCUUUUUAACACAUAGCCUCUGACUGAGAAAGUCAUUUUUUGAUAUCUUAAGUAUUUUUCAUAAUAACUGGAAUAAACUAUAAAAGACGAAGUAUUCAAAAAAAAUUUCAAAUUGUGGCACAACGAUUUCAUCCCGGAUUUACCGGAUUUAAUGAUUGAAAAUAAUGUAACAAAUGAAAUUGUUUUAAACUUUGUGUAUUUAUUAUAAUCAUACAUUAAACAUUUUAUUAUUAUUUUACAACACUGAUUAUAAAAGUUUAAAUAUGUAAAUAUUUAUUUUUAUACAUUAUAUAUUUCUUCCGUCUGUGUAUGUGUCACUAACCUCCUAAACGGAUGAACUGAUUUUGAUGAAAUUUUUUGUGUGUGUUUGAAUAAGUCCCUGGAUGGUUAAGAUUAAAAAUUGGACUCGAUAGGUGGUUUUUCAGGAGUGACUGACACAAGGUUAUUGGAAUUUUUAGUACAACAAUCAAAAUAUUUUUGCUAAUUUAUGGGUUAUCUUGGUAAUAUGGAUGAAAUAAAAAAAAGUCUUAAAUUUGGAUGGUAUUUUAGUAUAAAAACUAUAUUUAUUUUUUUUUUAAAUUUGUUGAUAUCAUCAAAAUAACCUGUAAAUCAAUGAAAAUGAUUUAAUAAUUGACGUCCAGUUCUGUCUUCCGUAAUAAUGGCAAAUUGAUGAUGUUAAAACUAAAGAUCUGUAUGAAAAAAAAUGUAUGGAAAAUCUGCGAGAAAAGUUGGAAAUUUGGAUGAUAUUCGGGGGCGUUACCAAUAAAUUAUCGAUUUAUUUUUAUGUACCUAAUAUAUCUUUAUAUAAUAUAUACAUAUAUAUAUAUAUUUAUAUACUAUUAUUUUUUUAUAUAUUUAUAUGGAUUAACAAUCGAAUUAAUAAUUUUAUAUCAAUAUAAAUUGCUAACAAAUACGCACAUAAAGCCAUAAAUGUCUGUGUCGUCUACGAGUGACAAUUAUAAUAUGGUACACACACUCUCCCAACACUGUACCAAGUUCAUAAAAAUCACAUUCAUAACUCCUGAAUCACUAUGCACUCUUAACGAAAUAUUUUGAUUUCCUCGAUUUACGUUGAUUGUUCAUUUAUGCAAUUUAUAUAAUAAUUAAACAUAUAGUUUGUACUACGUCAUUUUUAGUCUUAAUUUUUUUUAUAGUAGAUUAGAUAUUUUCUGUUAUUAUAUGUUUGUUCAUAUCAAAGCCAAUUAUACAAAAAAACUGUGUUAUCGUGAAAAUACUAGCACUGUUAUUUGCCUAGCAUGCACAAUGUGUAUUUUGUUUUUGUUUACACGGUUUCAUAAAAUAAUAAAUUUAUAAUCUGUUUGCUUUAAGUACUUGAUAUAUUUUAAUAAACAACGCAAAGUCAAUUUCUAUUUUAAUUGUACCUGUUGUAUUAUUUUUACCUUAAGCAUUAACAUCUUUUAAAAUUAUGUGGUUUAAUAUAAUACAAAAAUGGUGUAUGGGAUACCUAUUUUGAACAUAAAAAAUUAUACCUCUAAUAAUAAUUUAUCAUUAUAAAGUUUGGUCAGAAAAUGUAUUACUUAUAAAUUAUAAUGCAAGUAUGUCAUUACUCAUUACUAUUAUUUUUGUCUAGGAAUAUUUGUUACAAAAAAGCAAACCAUCUCCGUGGAUUUUUCCAAAAGAUGUGAUAUCUGAUAAAAAGGAUUUUGAAUUGGUACAAAAUAUAAUACAAUCAGCAUUAUUUGACGAUUUGCCCAAUGAAGUUCCAUAUAAUUUACAAAUAGAAAUAGAAUAUUAUGAAGUCUCCCGUGAAGGUAACUUAAUUGUUUUAUAGAUACCUUAUAUACAGUAUAAAAUAUUUCAUAAUAUUGGAAAAAAUUAUAAAUAGGCAAUAUACACAUUGUCGUGUUGGUCGGUUGUGAUACACCAAGGAUUGAAAAGCUAAUAAUGGGCAAAAGAGGCCGACGUAUAAGGAAUAUUGCAAAAGGUUGUGAACAACGUCUCAGAAAUAUGUUUUUGACCGACGUGUUCCUUAAAAUGGUCAUCACUAGUAAAUCAAAGAGUUUGAACAUACCUGAGAACGACAUUCUUAACUAACCUGAGGUGAAAUGUGGAGUGUUUACUUUUUUAUCAUUGUAUACAAUGUGUUUUUGUUGUUUUAUAAACUAAAAAAUUUGAAUAAAAAAUAAUAUAUAAUUAAAAUGGUAUUAUUUAAAAA